AUGUACCCUCUUGCGACCCUGACACAAAUUGAACGGACGCCUUCACGUGAGGACGGGAUUCCACAGCAGCUCGAAGACGACCUGCGUGCGUAUGGCUGCAAACUUAUCCACGAGGCCGGCAUUCUGCUAAAACAGAAACAGGUCGCUGUCGCUACUGCACAGAUCCUUUUCCAACGUUUUUGGUAUGUCUCCUCGAUGAAGCAGUUUGGAAUCGGGGAGAUUGGCAUGGGGUCACUAUACCUUGCUUCCAAACUUGAGGAAUGCACUUUGAGAAUACGCGACCUGAUCAACGUGUAUGACCUCCUACUUCAACGUUCUUUUCCAACAAAUCCAACCCAAUUUCGAUACAACCCAAUGUCCUACUUUGGGACCACAUUCUACGAACUCAAAGAUGCGAUCGUCGUCGCAGAAAUGCAAGUUCUCAAACGACUUGGGUUCAACGUGCAUGUAGUUCUCCCCUACGGCACACUCAUCAACUACCUUCGCGUCCUCGGCCUUACCGACGAUGACAAAGCCUCUACGCGUGCAUGGGGAUACCUCAACGAUGCCCUUCAAACGCCUGUCUACGCACUCUACCCGGUCCCCACUAUAGUCAGCGCUGCAAUACUUCUUACCACGCGUUUUCUCCAAAUCUCGCUGCCAGACGGCUGGUGGGAUCUUUUCGAUGCCCCGUGGGAGGACGUAUGGAGCGUUGCAGGGCAUGUUAUGCGACUCUAUCGUGCCAAGAGCAGCGAACAUGUUCAGGGAAUGCUUCAUAAGAAGGACGUCAGAAAGUGGCUGGAGGACCAUCACCAACCCCAGAAAGUGUCGUAA